AUAAAAUGUUUUAAUUUAUUCAUUUUUCCAACUUUGCAUAAAUCUUUCCGCUUUUAUGAAAAUUAAAAUGCUAAAGUACAAUUAGUAAGUAACAUGUGUAAUAUAUUUAAUCUUUGAACAUUUGGAAAACGAAAUAUGUCAAAUAUGUAAACAUUUAAAUGUGUUGCUUUUACGUGGCUAUACACCUCAAUGAUAAACAUUGAUUUUUACACUUAUAUUUAAAAACGCGCCAUGUUUGUUUUCACGAUACAGAACCAAAGUUUAUCAACUGUCUACUUCGCAAGACGUUAAUGAACAUAUAAGAAAAAGUUUACAAAGAAUAACACAAGAACAUACAAGAUUAAUAGAACCCUGUAGACAACAAAGAGAAUAUAAAAUGUAUUCAAUGAUGUUUAAAGCAUUUAUAAUUAUUCAAUUGAUAAAAAUGAUAAGCAGUUUACAAUACUUAUCAGAAAACAUUUUUCCUGACAUUCCAAAAUUUUCUCAAAGUUUACUAAAUGAUCUUUGCAAAUUAAACACUGCCUCAACAUGCUCUUGUGACCCCUCUUGUUUUAAAUAUGGCACGUGUUGCAUUGACUAUCUAUGGGAUGCUAACUUGAAUGAGAACAUUGAGUUGUAUAAAGCUCGAUAUUUAAAUGCUGUAAAACCGGUUAAAUAUUUAAGUUGCCAACCUUUACUAAAAUUGUCCGAAUCAAAAAAAACUUUCUCCGAAUGGUUGUACAUGGUGGCAGAAUGUCCAAAAGAAACAAAUAAAAAGCUUGCCGACUUGUGUACAAAUCAAAAUAAACUCAGAUUUCCUGUUAUUGGAAGUAACAAGAUAGUUUACAAAAAUCAAUAUUGUGCUCAAUGCAACUCAGUAAACACUUAUGAACAAUUGAACGUGACCGCAGAUUGUAUUGGAAAUAAAAACGACACAAGUCAUAUAACUGAAAAAUAUAACAACUGCAAGUUUAAACUUCUAAAUAACGAUAUUAUUCAAUUUGUUAAUUAUUGCAAAGAAAAUGUUUACGACAAUUGCACCAACAACUCAAUUUCAUGCAGAUGGUGCAACUCUUAUGUUGCUUUGAUUUCAUACGAAAAUAAAUGCUACAAAAAUAUCCAUUGUCUCAUUGAAGUUUUGCAACGCACGCCUAGUAGAUUUGACUUGUGUCCAUUCAUAACAGACGAGUUUGAGCAACAACUGGCAGAUCAUUUUCCUUACGGUUCUAAUAUAAUCCCGUUACCACGUUACUCUGUUCUUGUGAGUUUUGCAUUAAGUGAUACUGAAAUUUAUAAUACAAAAAAAUGCAGCAAAGAUAAAGCAUAUGAUGUGACUACCAAUACGUGUGUUGAUCUUGUACAAUGUAUCUUUGGAUUUCACUUAGAAGGAAACACUUGCGUGCCAACAGUAGACAGUAGAGCAGAAACUGAAUGGAUAAACACUUCAAAAAAAAUAUUAUCUAUUGAAGAAAUUAAAAAUCAGUGCACUAAAAAUUUAAUCCUUGAUGAUAAAACUAACAAAGAACAAAAGAUAGAAAAUAAGUAUUUAAUAAGCAAUACGUUUAACAAUUCUCACGAAAGGUUGUUUAACAAGUCAAAAAAUAUCAGUCAAAAGAAACAGAAAAAUAUUUUUACAACCGAAUUGUACGGGGAAGAUCAAUCUCGAGUUUUUCCUAACCGACUGUGCGCUGAACCUAUAAUAUCGGAUAAAGAAAGUUUUAAUAUAUCGGGUAAUUGUACUCUAUACUUCAACGCAUCUGAAUAUUCACCAAAUAAUUACAUAGUUCUUUAUGCCAGAAAAAAAUCUCCUUUAUAUAGAGUUGUUACAUGUAAGCGUUUUCAUUUAAGCAAGAGUUGCAAUAUGAGAAGAAUAUUAAACUACACGUAUUUUAAAAACAAAUCCAUUUUUGAUCAUGAAACCAGAAAAGUUUACGCUGCAGAAGAAUACGCGCCUCUGGACACUGGAAUAGGAGUAUGCAUACAGUAUUACUCAAAAUUACUUAAUUGGAUUUAUACAGCACAGCGUGUGGAGGGUUAUAUAACAAUUGUUGGUUGUUCAUUAAGUAUUUUAGGUUAUAUUGUUACUAUGACAACGUACGUUAUAAUACCUGAACUCAAUACUGUACCAGGCAAAAGUAUUGUCUGUUUGUGUUUUAUGUUAUUAAUUUGCGAUAUGAUCACGUUAUCAGCGCAAUCAUUUGAUCAAAAAUGGUGCAAAGUAUCAUCUUAUCUCAUUCAUUUUUUUUCUUUAUCGGCACAAAUGUGGUGUACUGUACUUGCAUACGAUAUUUGGUUAACGUUUUCUGGGAAAAAUAUCAUGCGUGACACAAACAAAAGGAGACUAUUUUACUUUUAUUGUGCUUUUUCGUGGUGUAACCCGCUAAUUUUACUUAUAAUUAUUGUUUUGCUAGAAAAAACAAAUAUUCUCAACCUUGGCUACGGUGCAAAUGGCACAUGUUGGAUUAACAGUCAAAUGGGCCGUAUUGUUGCAUAUAUCAUACCUGUAAUUUUAAGUACCACUUAUGCAACAACAACUUUGUUUUAUACAUUGCUACGAAUAUUUAAGCAACAAAAAAAGUCCGGAAAAUUACUGAAAAAAUCUGGAGGUGAAGAUGUAAGCUUUGUAAAAAUGGCUGUAAAGCUAAUUUUACUUGUAGGAUCUAUUGAAAUGGUAGGAUUUCUUCAAACUAAUAGCUCAUCAGAGACAGGAAGAGCAUUUAACACAAUAUUCAAACUUCUAUUUUCUAUCUUUCGAUCGUUUCGUGGUGUUUUUAUAUUUUGGCUUUAUGUUGUUACAGACAGAGUUCUAACAAUUUAUCGCGAUAUAAAACGCACAAAAUCUUUUAGUUCGUCAAAAAGAUCCAAUAUUCAGUCUAUUUUAAAGAGAAAAGAAGCGUUUAGUGAAACGAGUACUGUGUAGAAUCAAACAUUUUGAACAUGUUUAAUUUAAUUAAUUAUAGUAAUAUAAUAUAAAAAGAUAUAAAAUGGU